AUGGACCAGAUGAAGAAGGCCCUCAAGGGCAUCUUCAAAGGCAAAAAGUCCAAGAAGGAUGAGUCCAAGCCCGAGGAUUCCCAGCCCGCUGCUGCUCCUGAGACGGCCACACCAUCCAAUGCCGCGACCAAGCCUACCGAGACGACGCCUGCAGCUCCCGCCCCCGCCACUGCGCCCGAGGCCGCAAAGACGGAGACAUCGACUGCUCCCGCUGAGCUCCCUCAGCCUGCUGAGCCUGCCACUGCUCCUGCCGCUGCCCCAGCUGCGGCCCCGGCCCAAGGCGAAAGCAACAAGGACGAAGCUGCUGCAUUGACUGAGGUCAAGAAAGCCACGCAGACACCCGAGCCUGUCGGCGCCGUUGCGCCCGCUCCUCCCACUGCUGCUGAAGCUCAGCCCACCUCUACCGAAGCACCAAAGGAUGCAGAGGUUAAGCCUGCUGAUGCACCUGCACCAGCUGCCCCCUUGGAUCUCCCCGAGCUUCCUGAUAGUAAGCCUGCCGCUGGCAUGAGUGCUACCAGCGGGCCGAUGUUUGAUGAGCCCAAUUUUCAUGACGAUAAAACCGCUGCACCGGCUGCCCCCACCCCUGCCCCCGCUCCAGCUGCUGAUGCUGCCCCUGCUCCUAGCGCUGAGCCCACCGCGACUGCUCCUCCAGCUGCCCCAGCUGCCCCGACUUUUGAGCCUGCGCCGGCUGCUACACCGGCCGCUCCAGUUGCUCCAGUUGCCCCAGAGGACAAGGCGGAGAAAUAG